AUGAGGAAUUACGACAAAGUGAUAAGUGAUAGUGAUAAGGGUGGAGAGUUUGUCUUAGUGGAAAAACGUGGUAUACGAGAAGUACAAGACCUGAUAAGGUUGAAAACCAUAAGACUUUCCGUUAGUGAUAAGGGUGGAGAGUUUGUCGUAAUUCCUCAUCAGUUAGAUGUGGAGAUAACGAAAAAGCAUCUUGAAGAUGCUUCGCUUUAUCGCCCAUCAUCUGAGGAGGAAUUCAAAAGUAAAUACCGAAAACUAAACCACGAAUGGACCAAAAUGGCAAGGGCUGCUGGUUUGAAACCAUCAGUUAUCUCUCAACUUAAAGCUGCCUUACCNAACGUCGAAGGACUCCAUCACGCACGCGCUGCUGGGCUGCGCAGUACGUAG